AUGACGCUCAAUCUUGAACUGGAGAAGAGCAAGCCAGUCUAUACAAACCAUGACCAUAUUACGGGCCACGUGAUUCUAGAGCCCCAGGCUUCCAUCAAUCUCUCCCAGAUCACAGUCACUUUGUCAGGACACUCGAUCUGUAGAAUAGAGGCCUCCGGCCAUAGCGAGUCGCUUCAGCUUUUUAAAGAGACACGGCAAGUGCUCCAUAGAUAUGGGGAGUUCAGUGCCGGCUCUAAGUCAUUGACCUUGGGAUCCAAGCGAUACGCCUUUCCCUUCCACGUCUCGUUCCCUCAUGAUCCCGACUGCCACAGACGGCACCCAAGCGAUUCUUGGGAGAGCAAGUCCCAGGGAGAGCCACCUGCCACCGGCAGAAUGGGACAACUUCCACCCUCGACUGGGAAUCCAUCCAGCAGCACGGAGAUAGUCUAUACGCUCAACGCAAGCGUGGUAGUGGGCAAUGUGUUCAAACAGUCCAUCCAGCAGUCUCGCCGAGUGUUCUACAGUCCAACAAUCAGUCCCCAGCCACCUCCAUCAGCCAUGGCCUUACGCCGUGCAGUGGUCUUUCCCUGCACUGGCGCAUCAAUUCCCGACACCGCCUACCUGGUUACCAUCGAACUGAGUCAAGGAGCAACUCUGAGCCUAGGCCAAAGUCUUCCGAUCAGCAUACAAGUCACCCGGACCGGUCCCGCAGACCACAACCUUGUUCUCAACGAUUACCAAGCGAUGCUGAUCGAAGAAACUGUCACACGACUGAGGAAUCUGACCCAAGUGCAGCGCAUCUCUCGAAUUCUGCGAACGGUGAGUAAUCUGCAACAGACAAUAUUCCUCGCCGACACACCGGCUGGGAGCACAGUGUGUGUGUCAGACAGUUUAUGGGGUGGUCAAUCUCUGUCGGCGAAUAUCGUUCCGGGCUUCGAGACGUCUCGGAUCCACCGCAGUUAUAAGCUGGAGAUACGAUUGGGGUUUAACAGUGGUCCGGAAAAGGUAGGCCCGCCCCAAUCCUCCUCGGGGUCGUAUGUCUAUGCUGGGGAGGGUCUACAGGUUGCCAUGCUCAUCUAA